AUGGUGGCGGACGUUAGGAGGGUGAAUGAUAGGCUAAUGACUAUUAAGCUAGUGGUUGGUAGGGUCAUUUUAAACAUGAUUAGGGCUUACGCGCUUCAGCUCGUCAUUGGGGGUGAUUUUAAUGGCCAUAUUGGGGUGACUGCUAGGGGUUAUGACGAGGUGCAUGGCGGGUUCGGUUACGGAGUUAGGAAUGAGGGUGGUACCUCUUUAUUGGAUUUUGCUAAAGCAUUUUACUUGGUGAUAGCUAAUUCGUGUUUCCAGAAGAGGGAGGAACACUUAGUCACUUUUCGGAGUAAGCAUAGACUCCUAGUAAUGGACUUGGAGUUCAAGAGAGUAAGGAAGAAGAGAGCGCUGUACGGACAACCGAAGAUUAAGUGGGGAGCCUUGACUAAGGCAAAGGCGCAGGAGUUGGGGGAAAAGCUGUUGGCCAUGGGGGCCUGA